GGUGUGAGUGCCAACCUGUUUGGCAUAUUUGAUGCCUCCGUGUCCACUACGGCUGAAGUGGAGUGGGAGUUGGGACAGGAAUCCAGGGAGACCCGGGGCAGUCAGUUGUCCACAACAAACGAGUAUAAGAUAUCCGUCAAAAAGACAGUGAAUAUACCGGAAAAUCAAUGCAUUAAAGUGCUGUCGUAUGUGAAAUGGAUCAGCGACUUAGCACUGCCCUAUACCGCGACUAUUAACGUCAAGAUUACAAGCAAGUCCGGCAUGGAAGUGGACAUGGAGUUGACUAAAAAGUUGGUUAAGUUGUUUUUUGAUCAGGAACAGUGGGAGGAUAGCAAAGUGCUUAAGUUUAAUACAACUGGUUCAUUUGUGGGCUCGUUUGGCCUGGAUAAGUAUAUCGAGAUUAAUAAAGUUGGUAAUACGUGCAGAUGUGAGGGCACACCACAGAGAUUGCAAUUUCUCAAAGCUACUCUU